AUGGGGUUCUUAAAGUGGCUCAAGAAGCUCUUCGGCCGCUGCUUCAGUUGCUGUUCGGACGGAGACGAAGGGAAACAGUCUCCUUCAGAACUUAGGCUGGCGAAUGAGCAGAGUCCCGGCGAUGUGACCCAACUAUUUAGCUCCGAAUUGGAACAGGAGGUCCAGAGCGGUCUGGGCGAGGGGCAGGAACCGGACUGGGAGCUCCAGGGCGAGCCCUGGACCGGGCUGGAACCAGACUGGGAGCUCCAGGGCGAGGGACUGGAACCAGACUGUGAGUUCCAGGGCGAGGGGCUGGAACCGGACUGGGAGCUCCAGGGCGAGGGGCAGGAACCAGACUGUGAGUUCCAGGGCGAGGGGCUGGAACCGGACUGGAAGUUCCAGGGCGAGCCCUGGACCGAGCUGGAACCGGAGUGGGAGCUCCAGGGCGAGGGGCAGGAACCAGACAAGGAACUCCAGGGCGAGGGGCAGGAACCAGACUGUGAGUUCCAGGGCGAGGGGCAGGAACCAGACUGUGAGUUCCAGGGCGAGGGGCAGGAACCAGACUGUGAGUUCCAGGGCGAGGGGCAGGAACCAGACUGGGAGUUCCAGGGCGAGGGGCAGGAACCAGACUGGGAGCUCCAGGGCGAGGGGCAGGAACCAGACUGUGAGUUCCAGGGCGAGGGGCAGGAACCAGACUGUGAGUUCCAGGGCGAGGGGCAGGAACCAGACUGGGAGCUCCAGGGCGAGGGGCAGGAACCAGACUGGGAGCUCCAGGGCGAGGGGCAGGAACCAGACUGGGAGCUCCAGGGCGAGGGGCAGGAACCAGACUGUGAGUUCCAGGGCGAGGGGCAGGAACCAGACAAGGAGCUCCAGGGCGAGGGGCUGGAACCAGACUGUGAGUUCCAGGGCGAGGGGCAGGAACCAGACAAGGAGCUCCAGGGCGAGGGGCAGGAACCAGACUGUGAGUUCCAGGGCGAGGGGCAGGAACCAGACUGGGAGCUCCAGGGCGAGGGGCAGGAACCAGACUAG